AUGUCCCUUUUUUUUGCUUAUUUUCACAUGUCCCUUUCUUUGCUUAUUUUCACAUGUCCCUUUCUUUGCUUUUUUCACAUGUCCCUUUUUUUGCUUUUUUUCACAUGUCCCUUUUUUUGCUUAUUUUCACAUGUCCCAAUCUCUUCUUUCUUUUUUCGCUUCUUUCUUUUUCACUUUCUCAUCAGCUUUCUUUCGUCUCUUUUUCUCGCACUUUCUCUCUUCUUAAAAGUCAAAGAUAUCCGAGGAGAGGCUUUGACUUCCUCCUCGGAGACUGCCAUCAAUUGCAUACACCAUCAUCACCUCAAGAAGUUACCCUCAGAUAGUGAUAUUGAGAACUAUGCACAAACACACCUCAACCGACACAAGAAAGGCCUAUUUGGGAAGAAGGUCUCAUUGGCCAAUAUGCUCGCUUGGUCCAAGGACCCUAUUCAGAAACCUAUGUUAAGGACCAAUGACAAGGCUGUGAAAAGAGAGGCAUGUGAAGUCUUCAAACUUAUCCAGAUGUAUAUGGGUGACAGGAAACCUAAAUCAAGUCCACUUCAUGUGGCUCUGGAGAUAACAGUGAAAGGCUGGACUAUGCCAUCUCUGAGAGAUGAAAUUUUUAUUCAAUUGUGCAGACAGACCACAGAGAACCGGAAAGACACAAGCUUGCAAAGAGGCUGGGAAUUGUUGGCGAUCUGUUUGUCAUUCUUCCCACCAUCACUCAAGUUCUACUCCUACCUUGAGGGUUACAUUUCCCGCCACCUGGACCCGAGCUGUGAUCUCAAUGAUGUGCCUGUGAGUCAUUUCGCUAGUCAUUGUCAGCGGCGUUUAGAAAGAGCUCUGCAGACUGGCGCCAAAAAGGGGGUACGAAAACCAGCAAUUGAAGAAAUUGAGCAAUCUAAGAAAUCCAUAUUUUACCCAUCAAUGUUUGGUAGUGUGCUGGUGGAUGUGAUGUUGAUGCAAAAAGAUAGGUUUCCCGAGAGAAGACUGCCAUGGAUACAGACCACCUUAUCUGAAGAGGUGCUUCGGCUCAAUGGUGCUCAAACUGAAGGGAUAUUUAGAGUUCCUGGUGAUAUUGAUGAAGUGAAUGCCUUAAAGAUCCGGUGUGACCAGUGGAUUCCCCCAACCGACUGCCCAGACCCACAUGUCCCUGCGUCAUUACUGAAGCUUUGGUACAGAGAGCUCUACGAACCUCUCAUACCGGCGGCUCACUACGAUGACUGUAUCCUAAAUUACGACAGCUCCGAGGCUGCUGUAGCUGUUGUAAAUAGAUUACCAGAGAUUAAUCGGCUAGUACUCUCUUAUUUAAUUAGAUUUUUACAGGUAUUUGCUGCCCCAGAAAAUGCUGCUGUGACUAAAAUGGAUGUGAAUAACCUGGCCAUGGUGAUGGCCCCUAACUGCCUCCGAUGUGAAACCAUUAAUGUUUUUUCUUUUCUUUUUUUUUCCUUAUAUGCUACAUCAUACAAAAAAGACAUAUCUUUUCCCACUUCCUCUUUUAAUGCUGAUGGCACAAGAUAA